ACCUCGGUCAGUCAGACGUCACAGUGAUGCACUGAUACAGCUGAGAGAUACUGCAGCUGCUGAUGGAGGAUCACAAACAACACAAUGGUGUAUCAAACCUUUCAGAGACUUUAUUUAUUAUGAUGUAUAUGUAAAUGUAUACGUAAGUAAACAUGUAACAUACAGUCUUAUAUCCUUUACUAAACUGGAUAUACCAGCCUGAUCUCACAAUCAAAACGUACAUAUUUAGACGUAAAUUAAAACUGUCCAAUACGUAUGUGCCUUUACGUAUUUACAGUGUCUUUUACGUAUUAUCCGGACAUAAUUACAGGUUCGAUACGUAUCUAAAUUUACGUUAAAACAACCUCAAAUACGUACAGAUAGAACGUGUUCUCUGACCAGUCAGUUAUCCAUAGAAAUUUGCUCAUGAAGCUGCUUUUCAAUGCUUAUCUGCUUAAUUUAUGUUAAAUACUUAUUUUGUUAUGAAGCCUUAUGAAAUAUUAACGAUAAACGUUGUGAUUCCGUUGCUAUGAUUUAAAAUAAACAAUAAUCUGACGAAACCAGAAAAGACCGCGUUCCCGACCGGAUUGAUUUCAGAGCUGCAACAGAAUCAGAAUCGCUUCGUGGUUGACGUCUUGUUCUUCUUGGUGAGUUUUUAAUUUAAUUUGUUAAUGUAUAUUUGUGAUCUGUUUUAUGAAAUAUAUUCUUAAGUACUCAGCUGUUGUUUUUUUUAUCUGGUAACAAGUGGUUUUUAGCUGGUAAUCGAAAAAGUGCAUCGACUCUGAAGUGAUGCUAGGUUUUAGCAUUGGAUUACGUUAGUCAUUAACACUAAUGGGUAUUAUUAUUAAUCUAAUUUAAAUUAAUGUUUUUGAUGCAUUUGUUGUGUUUUUUUAUUUUUUUUUUAAUUUUCUCAGAUCAAACUUUUUAUGACACUAUGGCGCAUAAUGAUAAAGAAUUAAACGAACUUCUCAGAAAAGGACGCGCUGUUGCUGUAUCCCUCGGAAGCGUUUAUGAUCGCACCCAAAUGGAUGCUGUCGUUAAAGAAGGCCACACUGACCCUGCCAAAAUGAACCUGGAUCAAUGCAUCAAACAAGGUCAAACAGUUAUUAAAAGUCUUGACAAUGCCAGUUCAAUAAAUAACCUGGAUCAUCUUUUACAAGAGUCCAUCGAGCUGUUUGGACAACCAAACCAAAAUGGCCCAAAGGCAAAGAAGAAAAAAAGGACCCAGUCCAGUGGUAAAAUCAGAUAUAAAAUCAGAGAGAAGUCACGUCCAAAACAAGCAACGCCUUCUACUUCACAUGAUUCAAGAGUUAAAUCAAGGCCAUGUCUAAAGCCAACAGAAUUUCAUCAUGACCAGGGUCCAGAUCAUGAUUCUCUUCUAAAUGAGCUGCAAGACCUUCUGUCAGCUGCUAGCUUUAACAUUCAUUCUGAGAAUACCCCACACUUAGCAUCACUGCACUGGGGCACAAGGACAGCAGCUUCAUCAGAGAGAUGGAGGGAGGCGAGACCCUCCUUAAUCAUCAAUAAGUUUAUAACAGAGCAUAGCAAGAUCGACUCUUACCAGUGGCACUUCCUAAUUCCAUAUGUAGAUGUGGAGAAGAAAAGUACACUGUUGGAAUUGGGAAGUCUGUUACUGUAAUCAACAUGAAGGGUAUGUGUUUAGCAUAUACUAAAAUAUGCCCUGUUUAAUAAACAUGUGCAUGUUUAUUAUCAGAAAAUUGUUAUAUGUAUGUAUUCUGCUUUUUUAAAAAAUGGCUUUGGUGUUAUUUACCAUGUCAUACAACACAAACACAUCUGUACAGGACAGUUGAAAGGUUUUA